AUGAAGAAUAAUUUAAAGGAAUAGAGAUUUAUUCACACACCUGAGUCUAUUAGCAAAAUGCAGAAACCAUUUAAGAAUAACAGAGUUUAAUAUACUAGAUAUGCAAUGGUCAAAGGAGUUCUAAUGAAUUAUUAUGAAGAUGACAAAAAACUUAACAGUGAUGAAGAAUAUAAAGAACAUCUAGAUAGAAGAAUAAGACACAUGAACAGCAAUCUAGCACUUCACAAAAUAGAAUUAAAGAGAAAUCUCAGUGACAGUCUUCCUCUGAAAAUAAGUAGAGUUUCUGGUUAAAAAGAGAAAUAACGUAAAGAUAUAAUUUUAAUUGAUGAGGAAACUCAAAGAUUAAUGCCAAUGCAGUUUUAGCAUAAUACAAACUUGAUAGGGCUGUAAAAAGAUGUAAAGAUAAACUCAAAAAGUAAAGGAUCUACUGAAAGUAUGAUCGAAACCACUUCAAUAAUCGCUUAUGAAGGUUAGGCAAUUAGUCUACUAUGUUUAUUUCAAUUCAACAUAGAAAAAGGUAUAUGGGAGUAUAAAUAAACAAUAUCAGCUAUCGCAGGAGGAAUAAAAGAAUUACUUGAGUUACUAAAAUUUCAUUAAAAUAAAUACUAGUCAAAGUUCAGUGUGGGUUUGCUUUUGACAGGAUUAUUCUUUUUUCUUUCAGGGGUCUAUACAGUUAGAUAUUUAUUGGAAAGAUAAAUUAUCAAUAUGCAGUAUCAUAUUUAAGCUUUGGAUAAGACCAAACCUCUAAAAUAAGGUGGAAGUAAAGUUGAGAUUAAUGAGAAAAGCUUAUGCAUUAUAUGCAUGGAGAAUGCUAAAAAUGUGAUUAUGGUUCCAUGCAAUCAUUUAUGCUCUUGUAAUAGAUGCUUUUUUAAGUAAUUCAAAGACAUUUAAGAUAAUGGAAGAGUAACUUAAUUAAAAUGCCCAGUAUGUAGAACACCUGUUGAAAUUCAAAAGACUAUCUUAAUAGAGCUUAAACCUAAAAAUUGA